AUGCAUCGCUUAUGGCUAAGCGCUGUAUUGGUCGCCAUACUGGUGUUACGAGCAGCAGUGGCAAACAAUCGUUGCGUUGGACUAGCAGAUGGCGUAUUUAUAAAUGAUUUUACGGCUUGUAACGCCUUCUUUACGUGUUUCCGUGGAGAAGCCUUUCCUGGAACGUGUGUCGAACCAUUUUACUUUAACGAGGAAAAACAGCUGUGUGACCAUCCGUGGGAAGUUAAGUGCCUGAUCUGUCCUCAAACUGAGGAUCUUGUACCAACCUUUGUGGCUAUUGAAAACGAGUGCCAAUUUUACACCCUUUGUAUUCAAGGAAUCGGUACCCUUCGCGAAUGUGCAAGUGGACUAGAAUUUGAUAGUGUGGCAGGAAAUUGCGAUCUGGCUGAAAAUGUUCAGUGCGAAACAGGAAUUUGUCCAAAUAACAUAAAUCCAAGCCUCCCGUUUUCAGUGCCGCACCCAACAGACUGUUCAAAAUAUUAUGUUUGCCUCCAUGGCCAGCCUACUGAGAACCAAUGUGCGGCAACGUUACUGUUCAAUCCAGUGACUAGAUUUUGCGAUUUUGAAGAAAAUGUAGUAUGUGAAGAGGGAGUACCUUCGCCUACUUCAUGUCCACCGACUGGAAUUCACCUUAUCGGUAAUCCGGCGGAUUGUAUUUCUUUCUUCGUUUGUCUGAACGGAGAGAGAAGUGACGAAGCAACGAAUUGUGCUGCGGGUUUAAUCUUCGACAUAACUGACUCGGUAUGCCGUCCUGCAAAUGAAGAGUCACGCUGUGCUGAUGGAGAAGAUCCUUUACCACCGCCUCCUCCAAUCCCACCACCUGUUGAACCGGUUAAUAAACGUUAA